AUGAUGAUGGGUGGGCCCUGCUGUAACGUUUCCUUCAACGAAGAGGUGAAGGUCUUGAGAAUUCCAAGUAUAGCCACAUUACUUGACGUAGCAGAUUUGAAAACUGAUUUAUGGUACAGCAAAGCUGAGAUCAAGGCCAUCAUCAAAGAUGCCAAACUUGUGGUUCAACGUUUUGACAGGGGGAUGCAACGCGCCACAGACAAUCUUCGAGGAUUGGAACGAGGGACUGAUGCGGGCUUUUAUCAAUCUCAAAAAAAUAAGCGUGAAGCGUACAAGGCAGUAAUAAGAGAGCGGAUGCGCCAAGAACGACUCGGAAUCGACGAUGCCACGGGACUACAAAAAGCUUACGCGACAGUAUCAUUGCAAUGUGCACAAGCAGCCGUCGAUACUGCAAUACUGGACUCUUUAUAUGCACAUACAAAGCUAUGUCCAGAUUCUAAUAACUGCUUCACACGAAGGCUUUUCACAUCACCAGCAAGUUGGUUCGGCUUUCAGAAAACACCUCCUCUGUGGCAAUCCAUGAACCCGCAAUUGGAAGUUUCAUCUACCAGUGAAGAUUCGCUAUCAGGGGGAAAUAUGCUACCAGUAUGCCUGAAUUGCCUGGAAAUGCAAGGUCGGGUCGACUACAUGUUUUUCAACAAUGGCAGUAACGAAAAUCCAGCGAAGCCCAACAAGGUUGUCUGGAACAUUGAUUCUCUCGUUUAUAAUCUGCAGAAAGUCCAAAAGAAGAGCAUCAAGCGAUACUUUGGGGCAGACAACCCUUGGAUCACGAAUCCUGAAGCAUAUUUGAUUGAUACUCUUUUCCAUCUUGACUGGAUAUCAAAUCAAAUAGUAUAA